AUGAGGUCAAUCGUUAUGUUCUUUGAUUUAAUGAUCUUUGGCUUUGAUCCUGUUGGUAGGAAACUUCUUACAAAGGAAAUGUGGGAGAAAAAGCUUGAGAAUGUAAACAUUCCGAAAGAAGAUAUGAACAAGAUAGUAAUGAAUUUUCUUGUUACUGAAGGUUAUGUUGAUACUGCUGAAAAGUUUAAGAUUGAAUCAGGAACAAAACCAGAUAUUUAUUAUGCAAGAAAUGCAGAACGAAUGGAAAUUAAGAAAGGAGUGGAAUGUGGAGAAUUCGAGGGUGUAGUUAAGAAAAUUUUUAACUUGAUCCCAAAUGUAAUGGAUUCAUUUCCUGAGUUGAUUGUCAAUCUUCAAAAUAUGAUAACGAUGGAGUUAGUUCAUAGUAGAAAGUUUACAGAAGCUGGAAAUUUUGCUAUGAAAGAGCUUGCACCAUUAGCAGAAGCAUUGCCCAUGCAUGUUUUCUGAAGAUAUAGACAAUACAUUGAAGCUGAUAUUUGAAGAUUUACAUACUACUCCUUUCGAAGAAAUUGUAGAGCUUCAAGUUCUAGACAUAUCUGAGCAGCGCCUGAAGAUUGCUAAUGAGAUUAACACAGCCAUUCUCACUACCCUGGGUAUU